ACCCGCGAUGGCGUCGGCGGCUGGUGGUGAUUAUUUCCGAGAGUCGGCCGUCAGCGAGAUGGAUGCGAUAUUCAACAUACUUGAGCAGUUCAGGCUGGAAUCUUCCUACAACCUGUUUGUCCAGUUGGGCGUAACGGAUGUAAGAGAUGAAGAUCUGAACAACAUUGGUUUAAGUCAUGUGGAGAAGAAUCGCUUUUCGUCGAUGAGAAUCUUCAUUCAAAGACUCGCAGCUCUAGAGCGCCAUGUUCAGCCUGUGCAAAAGUCGUUGGAGUUGUUCACUCUGCAGUACUCGUACCCCAAAUGUCCUCAACCAAUACACAUUAACGAUAUGGAUCCAGCGGUCAACACGGUUGAGGAUCUGAUGUUGAGGAUCGGCCAUCUUGAAAGUGUUGGUCAUUCCAAAGGAGUCUGUCUCUACACAGUCGAUGGGAUGCCUUUGACAGAUGAUCCCUUCUUCAAUACAUGGUCUCUGAAAGACAGACAUAUUCAACAUGGAUCUGUAAUUUAUGCCAUUUUUACGCCAAAGGAAAACCUGAAACAUGCUCCUCAAAUACCAAAACGAGAGGUUGGAGAAACUUGCGGAGACGGUGCGGUUCGAUGCCACGUCAUGCUCAAGGGAGACUAUGAGGUGACGGUGAACUUGGCAAGUGACACCAUAACCAGUCUGAGACUCAAGCUGGCAAAUGAAAGUGGAAUCCCAACGCAUGUCCUCCAUUACAAGUACCUCAGAAAGGUCAGCAUUAUGGUGGCGACGCACUGCAGAGCUGCGGGAUCUCCGAAGGGGCGACGGUCAACUUCUCUCUGUCCGCCUUUUCCGACGAGACUUGGAACAAUGAGACUUUCUUCAUUAAUGAUUGCGUCCCUUCAGUCCAACAAACCCAGAAAGGAAUCAGCGUCUUCUUGUCUUCGCUUUACGCUCUUAGAUGUUUUUCUCCAGAGCAACAGAGGAAACUGAUUUCCUACAUAAGACAACUGACUGGAUGCAACCCUCUCGCACAAAGUUUGCAUCAGCUACUCUGUAGGAAUGAAAAGCU